GAUAGAUAACUCGGUCCAUAUUAACAGACCGCCAUCAUUACCAUGAGGCUAUGAUAACUCAAAAUUGACGUUUCAGGAACGAAGUCGCUGCUAUACGACGGAUAGAACAAUGUACGGUAAUUGGCAACAGGCUUCUAUAGGCGGGUAUGUUAACCCCCAACUGCAAAUGCAACAGCAACAACAUAUGUACCAGUGGUAUUACCAACAAGGACAAUGGCCGCAGCAACAAGUCAUGCCUCAAAUGCCAGCAGGACCAGUGCCACCAAACCAGCCUCCACAACCCCCACCACCUAGUCAAAAGCCUCCCCUGCCUAAAGAAGAAGUGGACGCCAUAGAUUCUUCGUCAGGAAAUGGCCUGAACCCAGCUCCGCCUGUGGAGCCCCCAGUGCCUUCAGAUGACAAACCCCCUCUCCCACCAGAUCCCCCACCCCCAGCUCCUGAUAAUGAUCAGAAGGGCCCAGAGAAGUCUAAGGAGCUGAAGCCUAAGGAUGAUGCAGAAUCCAAUAAGAUGGCAGAAUUAGCUAAGCAGGCUCAACAGUGGCAACAGCAGAAACAACAGCAGACACAACAGCACACACAACAGCACACUCAGUGGAACCAAUGGAUGGGACAGCCACAGAUUGGGUACCAGGCAGGUUAUCAAGGAGGAUACCAAGGGGGGUACCAGGGUGGUUAUCAAGGGGGAUACCAGUCGUACCCAGGCCAGUCUGGACAAGCUCAGGUCCAGCAACAGCCAACACCUCCACAGCCACCACAGUCACAGCCACCACAGUCACAGCCACCACAGUCACAGCCACAGCCACCACAGUCACAGCCACAGCCAUUGCAGCCACAGCCACCAGCAGGAGGCAGCGCAGCAGCUGCUCCUUCGUCUGCGGAGAUGGAUGCUGUCCUGGACGAGGAGAAGGAGUUUGAUGUGCAGUACAAGCAGUGGAAGGAGCAGUACGACUCGUGGAAGGAUCAGAAUAAAGAUCAUCCCAACAAAGACCAGUUUCGUCAGUAUGAGCAGCAGUGGCAGCAGUAUGAACAACAGAUGGAAAGCAGGAGAAAAGAUAUCCAGGAUCGUAAGACAGCCAUAGAGAAACAAAGAGAAAGUGAAAAACCUGCUCCAAAACAACCUGAAGAAUCUCAGUCAAGCUAUCAGCAGUAUCCAGGACAGUCGAAGCAGGGUGCCCAAGGUAACCAGCAAUUCCCAGGACAGUCUCCACAGGAAUCCCAAAGCAAACAGCAAUUCCCAGGAAAGUCUCCACAGGGACCCCCAGGCAACCAGCAAUUCCCAGGAAAGUCUCCACAGGUAGCCCAAGGCAAACAGCAAUUCCCAGGAAAGUCUCCACAGGGACCCCCAGGCAACCAGCAAUUUCCUGGACAGCAAGGCAACCAGCAAUUUCCCGGACAGCAAAGCAACCAGCAAUUCCCGGGUCAGCAAGGCAUCAGGGGCCCUAGCAAUUUUCAAGGACCACCUCCAAGAUUCGGCACUCCUAGAUUUGGUGGACCUCAGAGUCGUUUUCCCAAUCAACAGCCAAUGAAUCAAAGAUUUGGUGGUCCAGGAAAUCGACCCCGGUUUCCCAACCAGGCUCUGAAUCAAGGCUUCCAGGGAAGUCCAGUCACCAAUACUGAAAACUUUGAGGAGCAGGCUGGUAAGGAGGACAAUUUGAAUGAAGAUGAUAUGGAGGAAGGUUUUGGUGAUGAGGAUGAAGAGCAACAACAGGAAGGUGACUAUGGAAACCAACAAGGAUAUCCUCCAAGUAACCAUGGUAACCAGCCGUUCCAGCAAGAUAUGAACAGAUUCCCUGGGCCAAGAGGUCCUCGUUUUCAAGGACAGCCAAGAUUUCCGAACCAAAACUUUAGAGGACAAAGACCCCCAGGUCCUCAUGGUUUUCAAGGCAGGCCUCCUUUCCAGGGUGGUAGAGGUAGAGGUGGUCCUAAUCAAGGUCCAGGUUUCCGCCAUCAAGGACCUGGAAUGCAAGGACAGUUUGUACAGCAGGAAGAAGGAAAUGAAGGAGAAGAAGAAGCUGAAGCAGAAGAGGAAACUGUUGAAGAUUAUGGAGAAGAGGAUCCAUCUGUUCAGAAUCAGAAUUUUGGACAAAUGGGCCAACGGCCUCAAUUUGGCGGUCCCAGAUUUGGUGGUCUGAGGGGUUCCUUUGAAGGACCAGGCGGUCCAAGGUGGGGAGGGCCAAGAGGUCCACAUGUGCAGAGGUUCCAGAGAGGACAAGGACCACGUUUUCAACCAAGGGGUCCUCAUCAAAAUAGAAUGCGAGGACCGACUCCUUUAAUGGAUAUCACCUUUGAAGGACAUGAAAACCCAGAAAUUGAUGAAAUGGAAGAGGCAAAUGAGGAGGAACAGGAGGAGAACUAUGAACAUCAGGGAGGACUUGCCCCAGGUGCUCCAAGGGGACGAGGCGGUCCAUUCCAGGGACCAAGAGGACAAAGAGGGGCUUUCAUGAACAGAGGCCGAGGCAUGCGUGGAGGAUUUGGACCUCCCCAUGGACCAGGCUUCGGUGGACCUCAGUUUGGCGGUCCAGGGGAUCAGAUGCAAGAAGAGGAGGAAGAAGAAGAAGAGGCAGUUCCAGAGGAAGAAAUGGCCGAGGACUUCCAGGAAGAUCUAAACCAGGGCCAGUUUCCUGGAGGUCCAAGAGGUCGUGGUGGACCUCAAGGAUGGCCAAGAGGUCGGGGUGGACCUCGUGGGGCCAUGGCAGACCGGGGCCGAGGUGGUGGUUUCGGAGGGCCAAUGAACCCAAGAGGACCAGGGCCAUACCCUUAUGGAGGCUCAAGGAUGCCUGGACCUCCUGGUUAUGGUGGCCCAAGAGGUCAGGCCCCAGGUCAAGGUGGCCCGAGAGGUCAGGCACCAGGUCAAGGUGGCCCAAGAGGUCAGGCACCAGGUCAAGGUGGCCCGAGAGGUCAGGCACCAGGUCAAGGUGGCCCGAGAGGUCAGGCACCAGGUCAAGGUGGCCCAAGAGGCCAGGCACCAGGUCAAGGAGGCCCAAGAGGUCAGGCUCCAGGUCAAGGUGGCCCAAGAGGUCAGGCUCCAGGUCAAGGUGGCCCAAGAGGUCAGGCCCCAGGUCAAGGUGGCCCAAGAGGUCAGGCCCCAGGUCAAGGUGGCCCAAGAGGUCAGGCCCCAGGUCAAGGUGGUCCAAGAGGUCAGGCCCCAGGUCAAGGUGGCCCAAGAGGUCAGGCUCCCGGUCAAGGUGGCCCAAGAGGUCAGGCUCCAGGUCAAGGUGGCCCCAGGUUUCAAGCACCAGGUCAAGGCGGCCCGAGAGGUCAGGCACCAGGUCAAGGUGGCCCGAGAAGUCAGGCACCAGGUCAAGGUGGUCCAAGGGGCCCGGCACAAGGUCAAGGUGGUCCAAGGGGCCCGGCACAAGGUCAAGGUGGUCCAAGAGGUCAGUCACCAGGACAACAGUUUGGCCCUAGGGGUCAAGCACCAGGUCAGAUGGGUGGCCCAAGAGGUCCACCUCCUGGUAUGGCUGGACCAAGAGGUCAAGCCCCUGGUAGGGGUGGGACAAGGGGAACAGCACCAGGCCAAAUGGGAGGUCCAAGAGGUCAGGCACCAGGCCAAAUGGUUGGUCCAAGAGGAUCAUCUCCAGGUCUUGGUGGACCAAGAGGAUCAUCUCCAGGUCUUGGUGGAGCCCGAGGUCCGUCUCCAGGCCUGGGUGGACCUCAAGGUCUAUCUCCAGGUCUAGGUGGACCUCGAGGACCAUCACCUCAUGGUUCUCAAGGAUCACCAUCAGAUCAGCCAGCAGGACUACUGGACACACCCAGUCAGGACAAGCCAUUGUUCCCUUUGGCUGUAAAGAUGGAGGCCAAAGAAAAAGAAGAAGAAGGGGCUGGUGAACAGCAGGUGGAUGAAGAUAGCAAACCAGGCCUUGUGUCCUAUCAGGAUGAUAAUGAUGAGACGCCUAUAAAACAGGAGGGUCAAAUUGAAGGUAACAUUAAAGGCAAUUUUGACAGGAACUUUGAAGGCAAUUUUGACGGGAGCCUAGAAGGAAAUUUUGACGGGAACCUAGAAGGAAAUUUUGACAGGAACUUUGAAGGCAAUUUUGGAGACACUUGGAAUUCCCACGGUCGUGGUGGUCCAAGAGGACGACCUCCACGUGGUGGGUCAUGGGGUAGAGGUCGUGGAGCAAGGGGAAGAGGGGGAUUUGGUCAAGAUGAACGUGAUCCUUACCCAUCGGAAGACAAUUUUCCAGACAGGCCCAAAGCAGACUGGCCUCCUUAUGAUCCCUUCAAUCGAGAUUACCCACCCAGAAUUCCUCCACCUCAUCCAGAAGACCCGUAUGCUCUACGAGAUCCGUACUUUGAACGGCGGGACCCCUACUAUGACCGUCCUGAAGCCAGGAGCUAUCCGCCGCCCCCCCUUCCCCCACCCCCUACAGCAUAUGAUCGAUUCCCCUUCAGCGACCCCUACAGCGACUCCUACAGGGACAGAGACAGAUUUGAUGACUAUUAUCGUGAUCCGUAUCGCUCACGAUAUUCCGACACCCCUCUCGAUAGACCUGCAUACCCCCCUGACAGAUACCCAGAAGCAAGGGAGCGCUACACGUACCCUGACCGACCAUCCAUACUACCUGCAGAAACUAUCGACUAUGGCCAUAGACAGGUUGGAGAUUGUAAAGAAGACUCCCCGGGCCCAGCUCAACCCUACCAGGCUCCGGCCGUCAUAGACUACGGGCAUGGCCGCGGGCCAUCCGAGGAGAUGUCUGACUCACGCUCAUCAGAGAGAAGCAGGGAGUCUAGGGAUUAUGAUGCAUUUGGUCGAGGAGGAGGAGGUGAUCGUGGCAGUUCUGAGAGAGAUCGGUAUGAACGAGAAAGAGAUCGAGACAGAGAUAGGGAGAGGGACAGAGAUCGGGAUAGAGAUCGAGAUCGAGAACGAGAACGAGAAAGGGACCGAGACCGUGAUCGGGAUCGGGACCGGGACCGCGACCGAGUCCGUUUCCGUCAGGAGGAUAGAGAACACCUCCAUUUCAGAGAGUCCUACGGGCGCUCCCCCCAAGAGGCUAAGCCUGUGUACCAGCCCAAGAUAGAAACAGCCAAGGUAGAGGACCUGCUGUGUUCCCCGGGCCGCAAGUCUCGCCCGCCCCAGAUCGUCAUCAUUCUCCGGGGAUUGCCUGGCAGUGGGAAGACAUACGUCAGCAAACUUGUCCGUGACAAAGAACUGGCCAAUGGAGGCAGUGCCCCGCGAAUGUUGUGUCUGGACGACUACUUCAUGGUGGAGACGGAGAAGAAGGAGAAGGACUCCGAGACGGGGAAGAUGGUCACAAAGAAGGUGUUGGAGUACGAGUACGAGGCAGAGAUGGAGAGUGCCUACAGAGACAACCUGCUCAAGUCCUUCAAGAAGACAAUAGACAAUGGCUUCUUCCCCUUUAUUAUUGUGGAUGCUGUCAACGAGAAGGUCAAGCAUUACGAAGAUUUCUGGAGUUACGCCAAAUCUAAGGGCUUCCAGGUGUACAUUGCCAGCGUUCAGGCUGAUGUGAACACAUGUGCCAAGAGGAACACGCACAAGUUCAAGCUGACGGACAUUGAGAAGAUCCAGAAGAAGUGGGACGAGACGCCCAGACACUUCCUCCAUCUAGACAUCCGCUGGCUGCUACAGGAAGACUCCAUACAGGAGGUGGAGAUGGAGGACCUCCCAGAUGAUGCAGUGGCUGAGGACAAGGACAACACAUCGGUGAAGAAAGGGAAGUCCGACAGGAAGCACAAGACUGACGAUGAUGAUGAUGUUGAGGUGGAGCUUCAUGGCUUUGGUGGGGUCUACCAGAAGUCCAAAUGGGAGAUCGAAGCAUCAGAGGAACAGUUAGACAAGCUUGACGGCCUCCGUCUCAACAAGAGGAAGAGGAGUCCGUCUCCCCAGAGUCUAGAUGACUAUCUACAACUGGACUAUUUUAAUCGUAUGUCCGAACCGGGCAAAAAGAGGGUUCGGUGGGCAGAUGUAGAGGAACGUCAGCAUCAGAGUCGAAGGCGCGAGAUAGGGUUUAUCGUUGGCCAGACGCAGCGAGACUGGGAGAGAAUCACAGAUGAUGACUUUGCUCAUAGGGCACUGAAUCAAACAAAAUACUUUUAAGCUGUUAAAGAGAAGUCUUCCUGGCUGAGCUUGUUCAGUGUGAGAGAUGGACUGUGGGUGAAUCAACAGCAUAUGAGAGACCCGUCAGCAUCUCUGGAAAACAUCCAAGACAACAUCAUGAGGUCUUGACAAUACUUGUGGAGGAUGGAAGAAGAAUGUUGAUCAAUAGGAACAGACUCCUGAUUUCCCCAUGGGGGUGAGGUCAACAAAAAGGUCACAAGAUCUCUGGGCAUUUGCAUUUGCAGAGGACUUCCAACAGAGCCACCAAUACAGCGACAGUGCCGUGUGGACGAGAACAGCCUACAAGCCUUCCUGGGAAUGGUCAUCUGCUCUUCUGUUGACAAGCUUUAGUAUUCAGCCAUGUUGAUAGGAUGAGGAAAUUUCAAGGCCAUGUUCCCACCACAUGAUCCUGCUAUAUUAUGGCAAAGAUUUGUAUGUCCAUGAGCUGAUCCUCCAGAAGCAUGGCAGAGCUUCUGAUGGAAGACACACAUAUUUACAACCAUGAGCCAUCUCUGUAUUGGUUUACACAAAUACAAAAUAGAUUUUAGUUCAUGUGGUCAAAGAUGUCAUUUCUUGUUUUAAGAUGAAUAAAGUUUAAGAUAUGUUUGAAUGAGUGCAUGCUUUGUAAAUACUGAGUGCAUGAUUUCUUUCACCAUGGAUGUACACUUCCUCUCACGAUCUUGCAGCCUCAUCAUGAGGCUCCCCAGAAGAGAACAGCCUUGCUUUUGCAUUAAAGCUUGUAGAUUUGUUGUUGUACUGUAGUCUGUUUUUAUGUUGCUGCUGCAGCUGUUGUGUAUGGUCAUUGUUGUGCAGUAAAGAAGAACCAUUUGAUUGUCACGGCCAUCAGAGGGCAUCCAGGAGUGACCACCAGGCUUGACACAACAGUCUUGAGGAGAUGCCGACCAGGAUAUUGUAACAGUUCAGAACAACAUAUAUUCACUGUUCCGUUGUACAUGGUGUGUUGUAAAUAUUUUUUCUUUAAGGUUUCAUCAUUCUUUGAGCUUGAAGAAUGUCUCAUGAUUUUUAUGUGUCCACAUCUUUAUAAAAAUUGCCCCAACUUGUAAAUACCGCAUGUAAUUGGAAGGUCUUGUCUUGUGCUACGUACACUGCUGACAAUGUGGGAACAUCUGCAGUUGACAUGAUUUGUGACCGUGAAAACCCCUAAUUGACAUGCAUGUAUGUUUUAAGUAAUACCCGUAUGGCCUGUCACACAGGAAUGGGUCUUUUUAACAUUUCCUUAGUGUUUUAAUGUAAGAUUACAAUUUGGUGUAAGUAUAAUACUUUUACAUGCAGAUUAAUAGCUUGCUCUAACCACCUUCACUCAAUUUCAUCAGGAGGAAGUCCCAGGUUUGAAGGGUACAAUGUGUGAAGCCCUUUUGUGAUAUUGCUAGAAUAUUGCUGAAAGAAGGUGUAAAAUUAUGUUUACUCAUACAGAACAUACCUGAAUAGAAUACUUUUCAUUAGGUCCACGUAGAAGUGAUCAUAUAUAGUAUUUGUCAGUGUUUUGAAGUACAGUAUUUUCCCAGCCACCACGUGUGUGUGUGUGUGUAUAUACAGACGAGUGAUGCAGCUGUUGAAGUAUCUAGGACUGGUGGAUAUCAUCCUGUAGUGAUUACAUAAACAAGGAAUAUCAGAUGUCUGCAUUAGGAAUUCGUUCAUGCUUGUUGUUUUAUAACUGUGUCACUUUUAUGUUUUUCAUGUUAAUUCGUCGCCAAAUUGUAGUCAUUCGUCUGGUCAAUAAACAUGUAUUGAAAGAA